UCUCUCUCUCUCUCUCUCUCUUUCUCUCUAGAAAUCCCUCACAAAAACAGACGACGUUGCAAGUUGAGCGUAGCCGUACCCCAAUCGGUGCCGCGCCAUGGAAGAGAAGCCAUCGCGAGCCAAUCUGAAGCGUUCGUUUCCUGAAGACGACGACUCCAACAAACCCCCCAUGCAGAAGAGAAUUCGGUUUCCAAAGGGUAAGAAGGUGAAACCUGGAGAAGAAAAGGUGGAUGUAUGGAAGCCUUCUGAAGAUGCUCAGAGUGCGAAAAAUGAUCCGCGUCGUGCGGCAAAGGAGCGUGCAAUGCGGCGGAAUCAGAUGACUACUGAACUCUGCAGUGAAGAAAAUAGAGGGAUGGUUCAUGACAUUACAUCCGUGGAAGUUAAAUAUGCGGAGGGUGAGACAUUUGUCGAGGAAGGGAUUCGGUUUGAACCUUUUAAUCUGGAACAAGAGAGAGAAGAAGGUUAUUUUGAUGAACAGGGAAAUUUCGUCGAGUACAUUGAUAAUGAGAUCAAGGACGCGUGGCUUGACAGCGUUGAGGUUGAUACUAAACUUGCUCGAGAGGGAUUCACAGUAACACAUGACAAGGACAACAUUGAAGAGGACAGUGAUGGUGAACUGUCAUCUGAAGAAAUUGGAACAAUUAAAAGGCGAAUAGCUGAUGCGUUGGAGCCUGGAGAAACGAUUCUACAAGCAUUGAGAAGGCUGAAAGGAACAUCAAAUAACAAGAAGGAAAAGAUGUCUCCCGAAACAAAACUUCGCUUUGAUCAGCUUACUGAAGAUGCCAUGAAACUGAUGGAGAAUGGUGAUUUCAAUGUAUAUGAAGAAAAGCAGGAGGUGUUUGAGCGAGAAGCAGAGGGAUAUGAGAGGUUGGCGCGAGCUAGAGAGGAGGGUAUUUCAAUGGAUACAGGCAAGGGUAAUUUCAAUGCCUCUUUCACCAAUGAUUUCAUUGCUAACGAAACGGAUUUUGGAGGGGCAUUUUCUGUACUCAACACAGCCGUGGGACCUUCAAACCUCAAUAUUCCCACUGAAGGAGCUCUACCUGAUGGUGAUGAUUCACUUGAUAUGUUUGCGGAAGAUGAUGAAAGUGCUGCUGCCAAUCCAACUACUGACGGGGGUCAUUUGGUUUCUGGUCCUGAUCACGAUAGAAUUGGUCAGCCCUUGGAAAGUGGAGGUUGGCAGAAUGACUACGUGUACGAUGAGGCUUCUGGGUACUACUACAGCAGUAGCUCGGGUUACUACUAUGACCCAUCUUCAGGAUUGUAUUGUUGUGCAACAUCGGGACAAUGGUACUCAUAUAAUGAAGCAACGGGUUCCUACAAUGAAAUUCAGGAGGCUCCAGUAGGCAUUAGCUGAUGGAGACUACAACACUUCUGUAUAUUGGGGUGUGAAAUACAGUUAGUUGAGUAGAGGCAAACUGUGGUCUAAUCUGUCUUCUCUCUUGGUUAUUGAAGGAUUUUAUGUGUCUCGUGGACAUGCACUGCUUGUAGAUCAUAUGCACAGGAAUUUUAGAGCUAGAGCAAGGUUUUUUCUGCUCAAUUUCUCAUCUGUCACUCGAAUUUUCUGAAACUCUCACUUUUCAAUUUUCUAUAGUUGUGAGAUGUUGCAACUUUUUUCCUAGAAAAAGUGUUUCGU